CCUCCUCCUCUCCUCGGUGCACCAUGGCGCUGCGCUCGGACCGUCUCUCUGUCUACGUGGCGCUCCAGGUUCUGGUUCUGUGGUCGAUUCGCGUGUCUUCGGGCGGCAGCAGCGCCUCGGUCCAGUCCGUCCUGCAGCCCUACGACUUUCUGUACUACAGCGGGGUUCGGGCGUACUUCGGCGGGGACUGGAUGAAGGCGGCGGAGCUGCUGGAGAGGUCCAUCGGAACCAGAGAGGCUCUGCUCGGGGCGCGCAGCCGGUGUCACCGGGACUGUGGUUCCGCUGGGAGCCGCGCAGCGGAACAUCUGGAUUCAGAACAGGACGGUCUGUGGGAUCUCUGGAUGUUGGACUCGGUGCAGCAGAAAGCCGAGUGUCUCCGGUUCUGCCUCGGACAAUCCGUCGCUCCUGCAGCUCAACUUCCUGUUUCCACCGACAUCGAGUAUGAAUUUGGGACUCGGAACCCAUACAACUUCCUGCAGGUCACGUACUACAAGCUGGAGAAGCUGCAGAAGGCGGCGGCGGCGGCUCAUACCUACUUCGUGGCGAAUCCGAGUCACCUGGAGAUGAGAAACAACAUCGAGAAAUAUCGUCGGAUGGAAGGAGUGAGCGAGGACGACUUCCAGGACCGAGAGCUGGAGAACGAGAAGCACUGGGUGCUGUACGAUGCGGCGCUGCAGCACGAGGCCUCCUCUGAUUGGCUGCAGGCUGCACUCACCUGGUCGGCCUGUGUGUCUGAGACCCUGCGGCAGAUGGAGGCGUGUCGGCUGCAGUGCGACGUCGAGCCUCAGCGGCUGCCGGAGGACCGAGGCAUUGACGGCGUGGACGGCGUGUUUGAAAAGGCUGCAGCUCUGUCGCUGUCGCUGCUGGCCUGCCGGCAGUCCUGCACCUCUCAGGUCGCCACCAGACCUGGAAGGAUUUCUGCUCAGGAGGACUUCCUGCCCACGCAGCUGGACCAUCUGCACAUCGCUCAGUUUAAAGCUGGUGAUGUCCGAGCUGCUCUGCAGACGCUUCGCUCGCUGCUACUCUUUUAUCCUUCUGAUAAAGAUUCUUUAGAGAACCUGCAACUCUACGCUGAGACUCUGGGGGGCGACACUGAGUCGCAGGACACACAACCUGCCCAGGAGAUCAUCAUGCUGGUCCGUGGAUCUCUGCAGGAGAAGAAGCUGCUGUUCUUUGGUGCGGAGAACCUCGGCUUCACCUUCACUGACCCGGAUCUCUGGACUCCAGAGGAGGUGGUUCCCCCAAACAUGAGGGACGAGUGGAGAGCCGAUAGACUGAAGAUGAGUGAGAAGAUGAAGGAGGUUCAGUCGGAGGAGGAAGUGGACGACAGCGGAUUCUUCUCAGGUGGUCCAAUCCGUCAGGUGGGCGUCACCAUCACAAUGGAUGACGAGGUUCUGAAUGGGACCAAUCGGGUCGUUCUGGACGGCGUGAUGACAGAGAAGGAGUGUGACAGAAUCCUGCAGCUGGCAGCAGUGGCGGCGUCCGUUGGCGACGGUUACCGCGGGCGACGGUCUCCACACACACCUCAUGAGACGUUUGAAGGCCUGACGGUUCUGAGGGCGGUGAAGCUCGCUCAGGACGGACUCGUGAACCAAUCAGAUGCUCGGCUGCUGCAUGAGCUUGGAGAGCGAGUCCGAGUUCUGCUGCACUCGUACUUCAGGAGCCCGACCGGACUCUUCAUCUCCUUCACACACCUGGUCUGUCGCAGCGCCAUCGCAGGUGACCAGGAGGGCCGGCUGGACCUGUCUCAUCCCGUCCAUGUCGACAACUGUCUGCUGGAGCCGGAGACCAAGCGGUGCUGGAGGGAACCACCAGCCUUCAUCCACAGAGACCUCAGUGCCAUCCUCUACCUGAACGACAACUUUGAUGGAGGCGAGUUGUUCUUCACCAACAGAGAUGCAGAGACAGUCACAGCCCGAGUGAAGCCCAGCUGUGGGCGGCUGGCCGGGUUCUCCUCCGGUCCGGUGAACCCUCACGGAGUGACGGCGGUGACCCGAGGCCGGCGCUGCUCGCUGGCUCUGUGGUUCACCAAGGAGAAGCUGUACAGAGACAUGGAGCGAGAGGAGGCCGAGGCUCUGUGGGCCGCCGACGGACAGACGGUGGCCAAGAAGGACGAGGACGAGUCGGAGGGCGGAGCCACUGGACGAAACGCUCGCAGCCAAGCGGCGCCAGAGAGGAACCGAGGACGAGGAAGAGUGACGGGAGGCAGAGACGAACUCUGAAGGCCUCCGAGAAGGAGACAGACUGAAGCUCGGUUCAUUUCCAGACACGACAUGGUCACUGCAGGAAGUGACCGUCAGCUGUGUGCAGGCUGCUGGUAUCUGGACAGACGGUGUUUAUUCUGUAUAUGAUGGAUCCUCACCCUCUGAAGUCUGGACUGACACAAAGGUUACCACACUGUGGAUUAUUUUCUGAAUGAAUCAAUGAGAUGUUUGAUCUAUAAAUGUCUUUAAAUGGUGAAAAAAGUG